UGGGAGCAUCUGAAGAAAAUACUCACUGAGAACUUGCCAGUCAUUUCUCUAAUCAACUCAACUGGUGUUUUGCACAAUUCCAAGAGAAAUGUGAAGUUUGCUUAUCAGACGUGUCAGUAAGGAGGCAGACUCCACAGUGAGCCAGCUGCUCAGGGCGUACGAGGAUUGCAGUUUCUCAGCGUGGGCUGUCUCUGGGAACUCUGAAGGAGUACCAAAGGAAUGUGGAAAUGGCUAACGUAGGCACAUGUUUGCAGCUUUUGUCAAGGCUCUUCAUCGUCUUGAACUGUGUGGCACAGCAGGUCCAGGCUGUAGAAACAGUGAACCUUGUGGACUUCUGUGGACAAACCAUCCAGAAAGAUGGGAUGAUUGUGAACUCUCACCGUGAGUCUCGCAAGUAUUACUUUAUUGCGGCCAAUACAGACUGCAGCCUCACCAUGCAGGCUUUGUCCUCCAAGGAUAAGGUCCAAUUUCACUUUCGCUUCUUCUUGGUAUACAGUCUACUGCGUAUCUCCUCUCCAAAUCAUCCUAGUACUCUGUCCCCCUUGCAGCCUCCGACCAACAGUCCACUGUCAGCAGAUCCGAGAAAGCCCGCAGACCCUUGUACCUCAGGAUCUUAUGUGCAGUUCUAUGAUGGGAAGGACAGGAAUGCUUUGCCAAUUGGUCUACCUUUGUGUGGGAAAAGCAUUCCGAGGCCCAUUUUGUCUACAGGAAACUAUCUGACCCUUCGUCUGGUGACCAGAGGACAGCAGCCACGGGUUGACUUUGUUGGAGACUUCACAUCUUUUAGACUCGGUUUCAACCAGUCAGAGUGCAGCUGGGAGCCAUAUUUCCAGUGCUGGAAUGGCAAAUGCAUCCCUUCGACUUUGGUCUGUGAUAACAAAGAGCUAGACAACUGUGGAGAUGGAAGUGACGAGUCGCCGCUGCCACCAGCCAGGUGCCAAGGUUCCACUUCCACAACACCUCAGAAAUCAAGCAGAACAACCACAGAAACAUUGACCACCUCUCUAUCAAUCAAUAAGUCAUGCAGCCAUCGAGAGCACCACCACUUGUUGUCUCCAAGCCAGGUGGACCAGCCUGACGCUGUCAAAGAUUCGACCUAUGUGUCUCUUGUGGUCCUUUACGUUACUCUUGGAGUGAUUGCUGGGAUGGUGUUCCUGUUCUGGUGCUGCUGGUCUCCAGGCUGGUUUGUGUGGCGUGUCAGCGUCUGUCGAUUCCUCCCUUGCUGUAACUCAGUCUGUGCAUCUUGUCAGCUUUGCUCUCGGAGCUGCACUCGACGUGAACACCGGUUGGCCAAAGUAACUCCACACAACACAUCAGCAGUGGCCACAUAAUGUCUUCAUAUGCCAUGAUCUAGAGCCACAAUGCCCUGGUGAACAUAGGUGUGCAGGAGUGCAGUGAAGCCUUCCUAUUUUCUAAUACUGUUGAUAUUUUGAAAUGAAAACCUUAGUCUUCACCAGUUCUCAGAGCUCCCACAAUUCCUUUAUUCAUUGUAUUUAAUAUAAAUUAGUAAAGCUCAAAUUCAGCUGAUCAGAGAGUAGGAAAAUUGCUGCAACCUUAUCUGGAGAGACUUUAUCAGAAUGUUUCUAAAUCAAAGCCCGUUGAUUCAGGUACCGGGCUACUCUGGCUGAGCUGGAACUCGUGGAAGUUAAGAUUGAAUCUUGACAUCACUGGAGUGGAAAUUCUAUCCAUCUAUUUGGGGAAUGCCAUUCUGGGAAGAUGCCCUCUCUAGAAGCAUCUAGGCAAGAAUUUAAUUUCCAGAUUAGAAAUAGAUCAGAAACAAGUCAUGAAUGUCUCACCAGAGGCCCUCAAAGUGUUUUGGCUCUCUCUACACUCCAAUGUGCUCUUUCUGUUGUUCAUAAUCUGUAUUAUUAUUCAUAAAGAAAUAUAUUUAUAUAGCUACAAUCUGAUAAAAAUGACUAGAAGUGCAACUCUUAAUAAGUUUUGUAUUUUGCAUUUUUAGUGAAAACAACAAAAUUAUUUUUUAUGUUGUACAAAGCUAAACUGCAAUAACAAAUUUUCUCAGUGGACAAUAAACCUCUGAAGGUAAAUACACACUGAGCAUGUACAUAAUCCUGAGCAGUAAAGGUGACAAAGACAAAAUCAAAAUUGUGCUAUCAGUGCAGAAGGUUUUAGGGCAUCAAAAACAUUCAUUUACCAAAGCCAUUUUUGGAAUCACACAGGGUGCAAGCAAUUCUGGGCCCACUGGGCAUGGUACAACAGCCUUCCUUAGAUGGGGUGCUAGACCAUGGCACAGCAUGCUCACCACCCAUCAAUCUUCUGAACUUGCUGGAUCCUAUCCCAGUGGGAUUAGGGGAAAGGCAGCUGUAAUAUCAUGGAAACAUGCUUUGCUUUUCACAAUGACCCUAAACCUUAGGUUCUUUCAUACACUCACCUAAAGGAUUAUUAGGAACACCAUACUAAUACGGUGUUUGACCCCCUUUCGCCUUCA